AUGGACAGCGCACUGGACAGACUGGAUGCUGCAGGAUUCUUACAGAUCUGGCAACAUUUUGAUGUCAAUGAUAAUGGCUACAUCGAAGCAAAUGAGCUGGACGCCUUCUUUAAACACAUGUUGCACAAACUCGGGAUGAAGAAGGAGGAGAUAACUGGAGACAAAAUCAGAAGGCUGAAAGAAAAGUUCAUGCCUGCGUGUGACACUGCAGCUGACAGACAUCUGCAGAUCCAAGAGCUGGCCACACUGAUGUUGCCAGAGGAGGAAAACUUCCUGCUUCUGUUCCGCAGAGAGACACCUCUGGACAACAGUGUGGAGUUCAUGAGGAUCUGGAGAAACUACGACACAGACAGCAGCGGGUACAUCUCAGCUAUCGAACUCAAGGGCUUCCUUCAAGACUUAUUCCUUCAACAUGGAAAGUCUAUCACCCCUAAAAAAUUGGAGGAGUACACUGACACCAUGAUGAAAAUGUUUGACAAAAACAAAGAUGGCAGGCUGGAUCUCAAUGACCUAGCCAGAAUUUUGGCCCUAAAAGAAAAUUUCCUGCUGAAGUUUAAGAUGGAUGCUUGCAGUCAGGAGGACAGAAAGAGGGACUUUGAGAAGAUAUUCACUCACUAUGAUGUUAGUAAGACGGGUGCACUGGAGGGCCCUGAGGUGGAUGGAUUUGUCAAGGAUAUGAUGGAGCUGGUGAAGCCCAGCAUCAGUGGAACUGACCUUGAUAAGUUCAGGAAAGCUCUGAUGGGUCACUGUGAUAUCAAUGGAGACGGAAAGAUCCAGAAGAAUGAGCUGGCUCUCUGCCUCGGCCUUAAGCUCAGCUAACCGACCCUGGGAACGUUCAAACAAGUGUUUUUUCUUUUUCUUUUUCUUUUUCCUUUCAUGCCUCCUUCCUCCUCUGUUCUCUUUUAUUUUCUUACUUUUUUGUAUCCUGCCAGUUAUUUUAAUUCAUCCUCUCUUUCUACCUGCUUUCUUCUUUUAUCACAUAUUGUUUCUUUACCAAUCUCAGUUUUUUUGACUUAUGAUGACUUGGUCUGGUGUUGUGUUUUACUCCUGUUAACUAGAGCAUGUUUCCAUAAUUGUUCAUUUUUUUCUCUAUUUGAACUCCUAACACUCCUAACAAUAAUU